AUGGCGCAAGGUGCACACAAACUCAGCUCAAAGGCUAAUUCGGGAGGUAGGAAAGAUACUGGUAAGAUGAGAAAAGGUAAAAGGGUGAUAGCCCCCAAAAAUAAACAGAGGGUACAAGAGGCCGCACAAAAAAGGCAACUGAGCGCAAAGAUCAACGAUUCUAUUGAAAAACAAAUGGUAAAAGCUGCUUCAGGUGGGAAAUUAACAAUCAUGCGAGGAGUAGGAGAAGUUGAA